AUGCCUCUGCGGCUUCCGAAGCGACAACGCCCUGGCUCGACGGCAACCCGACGAUCGACCGUCCCCUCUUCGUCCAGUUCUGCGCCAACGAUCCCGAAGCCCUCCUCGGUGCCGCCCAGCGCGCCGCUCCCUACUGCGACGCCGUCGACAUCAACUUUGGCUGCCCCCCAGGGCAUCGCGCGCAAGGGCCACUACGGCGCGUUCCUCCAGGAGGACCAAGACCUCGUCUUCCGCCUCGUCAACACGCUGCACCGCAACCUGAGCAUCCCCGUCACGGCCAAGAUCCGCAUCCUCGACACGCGCGAGGCGACGCUUGCCUACGCCCUCAACGUCCUCCGCGCCGGCGCCUCCAUCCUGACGGUGCACGGCCGCCGCCGCGAGCAAAAGGGCCACCUGACGGGCCUCGCCGACUGGAGCACGAUCCGCUGGCUGCGCGACCAGCUGCCGCCCGAGACGGUGCUCUUCGCCAACGGCAACAUUCUCGAGCACGGCGACCUCGCCAAGUGCCUCGAGGCCACGGGCGCCGACGCCGUCAUGAGCGCCGAGGGCAACCUCAGCGACCCGGGCCUGUUCGCGGCGCCGCCGGCGGACGGCGACGACGCCGGCCGUGCGUACUGGCGCGGCCGCGACGGCAAGGGCGGCUGGCGCGUCGACGAGCCGGAGGACGAAGACGCCGAGCAGCCGGCGCGGAAAAAGGUCAAGCGCGACGGCGGCGGCGGCGGCGGCGGCAAGAAGAAGGACAAGGUGACGAGCCCCAACUAUGGGGGUAUGCAGCCGCACAUGUUCCACUUGCUGCGGCACUUUGUGUCGCGCCACACGGACGUCAGGGACAUGCUCGCCAAGGCCCGGUCGGGGGACCUCGAGGCGUACGAGGCCAUCCUGGCGGCUGUCGAGAGGAAGGUUGCCGAGGGUCUGCUGGAAUACGAGCGGACCGACGGCAAGAUGUUUGCCGAAGCCGACACAGUGCUUGCCGCCUGA